AUUCCAUCUCUAUAACGGCCCUAAUUGACGGCUUAAUUGUAGAACGUACUAUCUUAUUGUGUGACGGUCGCACUCCAAAAAAAUUCGUUCUCUAAUGAAAUAAUAAUGAUUAUGCAUGAAAUCAUGCGUUUUGCUUGAUUGUUGAGGUUAAAUUAAUUUAAAUACAAAUUAAGGAGGAGGAAUUGAAACAUCUUGGCACUCUUUCAUUUGAGGAGAUUUCAGUCAGAUUGUUUCAGUUUGUCACUAAGCACCCUCAACUUACAAGAGGGACUCAUCAGAUCAGGACCUCGCAACAGUGAUUUAAUAUAUAUUAAACCAUAAUUGCUUCCCCCUCCAAAGAUAAAAACAGAGAAAAAAAAAUAUAAUACUUCUCGUUUCAGUGAAUACUGACUGAAAGCCAACCAGAAAUACUAAACAAAAAGAAAAAGUAUAGCUACCAUUUUAUCAGGCAAGGCAUAGAGUACUCGCCUCUUUGAUUACCUGCCAAUCAAACAGACACCACCCUAAGCAACCUCUCAGUCCUCCAUGGCUCAGAUCAGUCCAUAGAGCAGUGCAACAAUGGAACAACCACGGUACUGGAUGUGGGCGAAGCGCAAACACAACGGCUUGAGUUCAUCUAAUCACGAUCAUCAUCUUCAAGUGCCAAUUUCAAACGAUGAUUCAUGGGAAGAACAAGCUUUCGCCGAAGAUGCGGCAGGACCUCUCGGAGGCUGCAUAUGGCCUCCGAGAUCUUAUUCUUGCAGUUUCUGUAGGAGAGAAUUCCGUUCAGCUCAAGCUCUUGGCGGCCACAUGAAUGUUCACAGGAGAGACAGGGCUAGACUAAAGCAGUCUCCAAAUGACGAAACUGCCCGUCACAACCACCUUCAUCAUCAUCAGGAUCAUGACCAUUCUGUCCAAAAUAGUGCUAAUAAUCCCUCUUCAUCAUCUUUGGGUAGUUUUCAAUUCUCAUCUCAACAAGUUUGUGCCCUGGUUUACAACCCUAAAAACCCUAGUUCCGAUCCCGGUACUAUUGCAACAUCAUCACCGUCCUCAGUUUCUAGGGUUUCAGCUCAGUUACCAUGCAAAAAAAAUUGUGCUGAACAAACCCUGAUCCCACCUUCUUCUUCUUCUGCGUCUUCUCCUCAAUCUUCGUCUGUCAUGGGCAUAAACAGAUAUUAUAACAAAAAAUCUGCCGAGAGAGAUCAUAUCAAAGGAGACAAGAUUUCGAGAGAGGUGGAAUCUAGUUCAUGUAGGGAAAAGGGUGAUCACCAUGUCGCAAAUAAUGAUCGCAAUUUAUCUGUGAGUUUGAAUUUGGUUGUCUGCUGUGCGCAUACUUCUGCCUCCGAUGACGGCGAUGAAGCUAUAGUUGGCAGCAAGAGGAGAAGAACGGAUGACGUCCCAUCAUCGAUACCCUUCUUCCUAAAAUCAGGUUCUGCUGAUAAAGUACAUCAUGUCCAAUCAGCUGAAGGGUUUGAAAUUAGCUCCAGCUCCAUAGAAGACUUAGAUCUUGAGCUCAGGCUUGGUGACCAACCUAAGGUAAUUAAAGUUAAUAAGUAGCAGAGAGACGCAUCAUCAACUGCUGAUCGUAUAAACGUAUACUUAAUUGCUUGACCUUGUGCUGGUCAUUUCUGUUUCAUGAAAUCCUCCUCAAUAUGCACCUAUUUUCGCCUUUCCUCUUUGAGGCCAAGGCCUUGUCUUUGUUUAAUUUGAUUUGAUCUCUUGGAGUGCUGUAUGAAUUUGUUUAGGUUGUAACAACAACUAUAUGUGAGUUAAAGGAAAGGAAGAAAUUAAUUACAAUUCGUCUUUGUUGGUAAUCACAAUGCAUCUCAGCUUAAUCGGAGUUACAACUUCCUAAGAGUACAUUGUAUAUAAUUGUUUGCUCCUUGACAGGAUCCAUACCAAUUAAUAUGUUCAUUAAAAAUAGUGAAAUUAGGAUUCUUAUCCCCUUUCAAGUAAAACCAUUAUCUUCGUGUAGCUUUGUUUGCUCAGUUAUUGAAAUGAAAUUGAUACCAGUAUAUAACUUACUUGUAUGUGCGAACAGUUAUGCAUAUAAUUAAGAUUAGUUUUUUCAAGACAUUCCUCAUGCCCAGAAUGAGAGCUUCAACUCCUUUCUCUACUCUAAAUAUCAAAUGUGACUAGAAUUAACUUAACUUGAGCCUGCUCCCACUCUCCAUCCAAGUUUGAAUUCCUCUACUUGUAAUUUAGAUGAAUUGAAUAUAUGCAGACUUUGGUUUGGUUGAAAAAAAAAAAAAAACUUUGAGGUAAGCUUGUUAUAGGCUAACUAAGCAGUUAAUUUGAUUAUAAUCAUGAUAUCAACAACAUGCUGAGUGCAGACAAGAGUUCAGGUUAGAGAGAGGGAGAGGAGUGGUAGAGUUUUUGUUUGUGGGGCUUGAAGGGUGAAGAAAAUGACUAAAAACUGCAUGGAAUAUCGUGACUCAUUUUCCCAUUCAAUACCUCACUGACAUUCCGUCAGAUAGGGCCAUAGAGAACUCAACUUACCCACGCAAAAAAUUAACUCAGACUCGAGAGAGAGAGAUUUUCAAAGCCACAUAAAGUCAGAUACUUCCCAACAUCGAUUUUCUUUUCUCUUGUAUUAUUAUCAUCACCCCCGUCAGAUCUCUUUUGUUUCAGAUUUCUGUAUCCUCUCCCCGCUAAAAUCCAUUUGCUUGUGUUAUCUGUCUCACUUUUUUAUCUCUCCCCUCGUCUUCUCAAAUCUGUCCAAAAUUGCCACCAACUCUAUGGAAUCAAUCUAAUUAACUAUUCAUCACCAUUACAUUAUAUAGUUAAAACCAACUUUUUUUAAUCACAAAAGAGAAUAUUAUUGUCUCACCACCUCUUUUGGAUCUGCUUGUGGUAUGCAUCGUAUAGUUUACAAAACCCUAAUUGCGGAUUUUAUAUUUUACAAACAACAUCAAAUUAAUUAUAUAAACCCUAACCCUAGCGAGGUACGCACAGUGCUCAACUUCUUGCAGGACACAAGGGUGAUCAUUCUGCUGGGUUCUUUAAUUUUCUGCUUUUUUCUAACACUAGGACCAGUUUAGGAUUGUUGUGUUUAA